CGGACAGGCCCCGCCUCCCAGUAAAGAGAGACCAGCGCUGCGGUUCCGGGAGCCGGGUGGCGGCGGCCAGCACCCGCAGCAGCGGGCACCGGGCACCUGUCGGAGAGUCUCGGACUUGAGGCCGGAGGCUCCACUCCCUGCGAGCCCAGAUGCCGCUCCAGCCUUCAAGCAAAGACACAGAAGAGAUGGAAGCAGAGGGUGAUUCAGCUGCCGAGAUGAACGGAGAGGAGGAAGAGAGUGAGGAGGAACGAAGUGGCAGCCAGACCGAGUCCGAGGAGGAGAGCUCAGAGAUGGACGAUGAGGACUACGAGCGGCGCCGCAGCGAGUGCGUCAGUGAGAUGCUGGACCUGGAGAAGCAGUUCUCGGAGCUAAAGGAGAAAGUGAGAAGCUGCUGCUGUAUGACACGCUGCAGGGGGAGCUGCAGGAGCGGAUCCAGAGGCUGGAGGAGGACCGCCAGAGCCUGGACAUCAGCUCGGAGUGGUGGGAUGACAAACUGCACACCAGAGGCAGCUCGAGGACCUGGGACUCCCUGCCGCCCAGCAAGAGGAAGAAGGCACCCCUCGUUUCUGGCCCUUACAUCGUGUACAUGCUGCAGGAGAUCGACAUCCUGGAGGACUGGACGGCUAUCAAAAAGGCUAGGGCGGCUGUGUCCCCUCAGAAGAGAAAAUCAGACGGACCCUGACCCUGUGACUCACAGCCAGCGGGGCCCCUCGGAGCAACAGGCACCAAAACCCGGACUGACGUUUUCCUACUGCAGCCAGGCAAACGGACAAGCCCUCGGGGUCUUUCCAGCCGGCUCUCCAGUGCUGCUCUGCGCACUCCCCUCAGCCCUCACUGGUCUGAUUCUCCUGCUCCUGCUCAGGGCUUGUACAGCUGUGGCCCAAGCUGUCCUAGCCGGGCAAGACUGAGUCCCUAUCCCCAACAGCCCCUCCCUUCCCCUGCCUUCGGCCCCUAGGUCCCUCCCUGACAAAGAAGACCUGCCUCGUCUUAGGCCAAAGCACAUCCUCCUGCUGACCUUGGACCUGGAUCCCCACUCACUGAGCCAGCGUGUUGGCCCACUUCGUGGGAACUCUGAACCAGAAGUUCUGUUGGGGGUGGGGGGGCUGUCCUGGCUCUUGCCGUGCUGAGAAGGCGGGCUCCCCAGGUCUUCUCAAGGCAGUCCUUGGUGCCUGCCUCCCACACUGCGGGGACGGGAAUUAAAGCAUUUCCUGGGUC